AUGGCUUAUAAAGAUCAAGUUGCUAUUACUCAAAGAACCCAAAAUGAAAAUUCUGACCGAGAAAAACAUUAUAAUAAUGUUUUAGAAAAAUUGACGAAUGAAACCUUAUCAUUGAAAAAAUUAAAUGAAUUAUAUGAAAAACAACAAGAAAAUGACAAACAAACGAUCAAGGGCGCAGAAAAAGAAACGAAUAAAUUGAAAGAGGAAAUAAAAAAUUUGGAGGAAGAAAAACAAAGAUUAAAUGAAUUGUUUGCGGUUGAAUCUGGUUCUCCGAUUGAACAAGCACUGCGACAUAAAGGAAAAUCUAUUAUUAAUAUGUAUGAUGAAUAUACUCAACUUCAAGAACAAUUUCUUCAACAAAGAAAGAUUAAUCAUGAAUUAACUCAAGUCAUGACAACAUUUAAAUUCGAAAUAGAAAAUUAUGUUCCGUAUGUUAAUCAAAAAAAUGAAGAAUGUAAUCGAUUAAUUGAAGAGAAUAAUAUCAUUUCAGAACAACUAGCGACUGUUAAUUUAAAAAUAGAACAGAUUAAUCAACAAUUAAAAGAUGCUCUCGCUGAUAAUAAAAGAUUAAACGAUCAGACUAACCAAUUACAAUCAGAAAAAGAAAUGUAUUUAAAUCAUAACAUUACACUAAUUCGUCAAAUUGAAGAAUUGCAAAAAGGUGGUGGUCCAAGUUCUCCAAUAAUAGUCCAAAACGGGGAUGAGCUUCCACGGGAUCUAAAAGAAUUAUAUAAAUUCUGCUUUGAUUUAAAAUCUUCGAAAUUCUUUUUAUUAGAUAGAAUUAAGAAUUUAGAAAAAGAUUUAGAAUCAAUGCAAACUGUUUUAGAUACAAAAGAGUUCGAAAAUAAAAGCAAUACUUUAGAAAUCAAAAAGCUUCAAGCAUGCCUACAACAAUUAAAUGCCCAAAUUGAAACAUCAGAAAGAGAUCACGCGCAUCGUAAUAGUUUAAUUAGUCGAGCUAGUCCAUCAAAUUCACAAAACAAUUCAUUUUCUAUUUCUGAUAAAAGUUUUGGUGAAAAAUCAAUAGGGGAAUACAAAAAAUUAGCAGUUCGUGAAGAAACAAUCAAGAAACUAAAUAAGGAAUUGGGUGCUCUUCGUUAUGAAAGUAAAAAAUUUUCCAUUGAAUGUAAAAAUUUAGAAGAACGAUACUCAAUUCUAAAUGAUCGAUCUAUAUCAAAAGAUAAUGAAUGCAAUGACCUUAGACGAAUACUUUUAGAAACUCAAAAGUUAAACGAAAGUAUGGAAUCACGUUUGAUCAUGACAGAACGUGAUAAAUCAGAUUUAGUUAUUCAAUUAGAAGAUCUUAAGAAAGAACUUGAUACCCGACAAGUUAAAUGGGAAGAACUUCAAACUCGAUUUAACACUGAAAUUGAUAAUCUUGUAUCUUCAAAAAAUAAAAGAAAUGAAAUUGCCAAAGAAGUUCAAUCAUUAACCGAUGAUAAAGAAAAAUUAAAUCAUGAUAUCGGCAAAGCUCAAGAAAAUUUGUCCGCUGCAGAAAUAAAAAUUGAAAAUCUUCAACAACAAAUUAAUGAUUUGAAUGAAAAAAAUUCAUCCGAGAUGUUAAAAAUGACUGAUGAAAAUGUUAAACUUAUUGAAAAAAAUAAAGAUUUGCAACAAGAAAUUGAAAAGAUUCGAGAAGAAAAUAAGGUUCACUCUGAAACAAUUGAUGCUAAAAUAAAAGAAAUUGAGAAAUGCAAAGAGCAAUUAAUUAUUUUUGAAUCCAAUGAACAAGGAGUCAAAAUUUCUAAAUUAAAGAGUGAAUUAGAAACAUGCCAAAAGGAAAAUGAACAACUCCUUGAAGACAGUAAAAAGUUAAAGGAAUUAUGUGAUAAAUAUAAAGCAGAUGUAAAUGAAAAUAAUAGAUUAUAUUAUGAAUUAAAGACUGCGACUGACAAAGAACGUGAUGAAAAUACGGCGUUAAUUAAAAAACUUCAAGAGGAGAUCCCAACUAUAAAAGAAGAAUUAAAUAAAAAGACUGAAGAAUUAGAAAAUAAAACUCGGGAUCUUUUGGUUGCUAACGAAGAACUCUCAAAAAUCAUGGGAUUAUUAAAUGAAGCUAACAAUAAUCUUAACGACAAAGAGAAAUAUUAUAGCGAUGAAAUAGAUAAGCAAAAAAAUAUGCUUGAAGAAGUACGAAAUAAUUAUAAUCGCGAAGUUAUUGCUCAUGCUGCUUGUGUACAAAAUUUAAAUGAACUUAAUGAUAAGAAUGCUCAAUUAAAUUCAGAUCUUGAAAAUCUAAAAAAUCAAUUACAUCAAUCCGAAUCUACCUUGAAGGCUGAAAAAGAACAUUUAGAAAAUACUUUACUUGAGGCACAAAAUCGUUGCAAAGAACUUGAGAAUGAAAAUAAUCUUCUUCAUGGUUAUUUCGAUUCCCAUGUUACCGAGAAAACACCAUCUGAACAAAUAAUUUCACUUCUACGUCGUGAUAAAGAAAAAUUAGCGACCCAACUUGAAAUUGUUACUCAACAAGGAGAGAGAUAUAAGGCUCAACUUGAUCAAAGUCAAAAAUCUUUGAAUGAAGUUCACGAAUUGUUUAAUCAGGAACGGGAGAAGUUUGAAAAGUCUGAAUCACUAGAACAACGAAAGGCAGAACUUCAGGCUAAAGAUUCUCAAAUGAAAUUACUUAACGAAAGCAAUAAAACCCUGAGAGCUGAAUGCACGAAAUUUGAAGCAGUAAUUUCCGAUCUUCAGACUUCAUUGAAAAACUCCGAAGAAAAAAUAAUUACUCUCGAAGCCCAAGCACAAACACUAAAUCGAGAAAAAAAUGAAGCUCUUCAAGAAGUUGAAAUUAUUAAAAAUGAUAAUGAAAGAUGGAAUGCAAGAUUUCAAUCAAUCUUACAAAAAUAUGGAAUUAAUGAUCCUGCUGAACUGCAGAAUCUAAAAGAAAAUUUGAAAACAUUUACCGAAAACUUAAAAACAUGCACCGAAGAAAGGGAUAAAUUUAAAGCCGAGUAUACAAAGUUGAAAAACGAUUAUGGUAUACUUAGGAAACAGUGUGAGAGUCUUAGAGCUUCGGCUAUUAGAUUUAAAACAAGAGCAGAACAACUUGAAAAGGAUAAAGCACAAUUUACGCAGGAAAAGACACAGUUGACGCAGGAAUUUACACAGGCGACACAGGAAAAGACACAGUUGACGCAGGAAAAUUUGAAACUAGAAAAGGAAAAAGCGCAAUUAACUCAGGAUUUGCAAAAAGAAAAGGCAACCGUUGAGAGAGCUAAAAAGCAAUUCAGUCACCUUCAAAAGACUAAUCAACAGAAAUUAGAAAGCCAAACUCAAUCAAGCGAGCAAUCAAAAAAGGAACUUGAAGAUUCUAAACAACUGAAUCAAGAAACCUCAAAGAAAUUAGAAGAAUCUGAGCAGCAGAAGCAGGACCUUACGAAAGAAUUGGAAGAAAUGAAUAAAAAAUGGGAUGAAAUUUUAAAAGAAUUAAAAGAAGAAAGAGAGAAAUCAGUAGAAUAUAUGAGAAUCAAAGCACAAGAAUCUAUGUUUUCCAGUAAAAUAAAACGUUUGGAAGCCGAAAAAGAAAGUUUAAUCCAAAAAUUACAACAAUCAUCUUUGAUGGAUGUCGAUAGCAGUGAAAAAUCAACCACAAUUGAUCGACCUCCUGAAGCUUCAACACAAUUACCGCUUGAAAUUCCUUCUACUCCUCAAAUUGUCAUCGAACCACCUACUUCAAAAGAGGAUAAUAAAUUAGAAUCUCAAGUUUCAGAAGCAAAUGUUUCACGUCUUUCUGAUGAUUCUUCUAGUGCCGAACAAACAAGUCCAAUGCCUACUUCUAAACCUGCACCUGCAUCCACUCCCACUUCAGUAUCUGUAUCAACUCCCGUAACUGCAAUUACUCCCACGACUAUCCCUGUUCCCACAAGUACUCCUGCUCCCGUAACUGCUCCUACUCCCACAACUACUCCUGCUCCCACAACUACUCCUGCUCCCACAACUACUCCUGCUCCCACAACUACUCCUGCUCCCGUAUCUACUCCUACCCCCACAACUGCUCCUACUCCCAUAAAUACGCCCAGUUCCGCAUCUGCACUUAGUUCCACAUCUACACUUAUUCCUAUAUCUUUACCUAUUCCCGUUAUCGUAUCUUCAUCUGUUCCUGCACCUGUUACCACAUCUGUUCCGACAUCAUCUGCUCCUUCUCCAGCUACUUCUCCUCGUUCGCCUGUUCCUGCUCCUGCUUCUCGUGUUUCUACUAUUGCUCCUUCUACAACUGCUGUCUCUGCUUCUCCUGCUCCGACUACUGUUCCUGUUCCUCCUGCUUCAACUACUUUUUCUUCUCUAGCCACUGUUCCUGCACCUACUCCUACCAUUCCUUCCUCUCCUGUUACAGUAAGGGAAAAACCCCCAGUAAAGUUACAAAGAAAGCGUAUGAUAGUAAUACCUUCAACCACAACGCCGGAAGGACAGCAGUCAACCAAAUCUCUAGUUCCCAUGGAAGUAGAACCUGCAACUUUAGGAAAGCAUGAAAGAGAAAGUGAAAAUGAUGAGACCGAAAAACCUGAGAAUGAAUCCGGAUCAUCACCUCCCGAAGUAACUUCAGGAGAUGAUUCAAAUCCAAAUAAAAAAUCAAAAAUUGAUAGUAGUCAAUAG